AUGAAGCAAGGCGACGAUGGUCAAGGGCGGCUUGGAGCGUGGGAGGUCAAGGGCGUCUUUGAAUUUGCUUGCGCUCUCACGGGGCACUGGGGAGCCACACAGGGUGGCUGUGCAGCAGAUGAUGUCGAUGGGUGGACGUUGGCCGACGGAUCCGCGACUUGCGCACCAACAAAGCCUGCAGCGCAGCAAGUAGCAGGCUCGGCGACACUUUUCAGCAAGAAGAAGGAAAAACCAGCUGGCAGAACUGGGACGAGUGGCGGGUCAAAUAUUGCCUUUGUGCGAGGGGCACACCCAUGGUUGAUGGUGCACUGCCCGGCCGCCGUGUACGGCUUUCUAGAUGAGGCCUGGCUUGCGGGAUUUUCGACAUGUUUUAUUUUGUACUUACGCCAGUGGUUGCGAGAGCCAGUUGACCGCUGCGUGAGAUUUGCAGCGGCCGCCAGAUGCGGGCUAUGGGCCAUGGGCCAUUGCUAUGGGCCAUUGGCCAAGUCACUGGGUCGCUGGGCCGUGGCCGACGGCAUCUGA